AUGUUUGCUGAUCUGUUGUCUUGCAGGGGAAGAGAGGCGGACCUGGUGGCCCUCUAUGACUAUGAUGGUGUCCAUCCUGAAGACCUGACGUUUAGGAAAGGCGAUUAUUUCCAGUUACUGGAGGAUAGGUCCGGGGAGUGGUGGCAUGCACGUUUAAUACACACAGGAGAAGAAGGCUAUAUUCCCAGUAAUUAUGUUGGAAAAGUGAACUCCCUGGAGUCGGAAGAGUGGUACUUUAAGGCUGUUGGAAGGAAAGAAGCGGAACGACAGCUGCUGUCACCUGAGAAUCAGAUUGGAGCCUUCAUGAUACGGGACAGCGAGACUAUGAAAGGUUGCUACUCGCUAUCUGUCAGAGAUUUCAACCCUCAGACUGGAAACGCAGUUAAACAUUACAAGAUUCGCACCUUGGACGAUGGCGGAUUUUAUGUUUCUCCAAGGAGAACUUUCAAAACGUUGCACGACCUGGUCCACUACUACCAGAACAACUUGGAUGGCUUGUGCCAGAAACUCACUACAGCGUGCAAAUCCUCUCGUCCAGAGAAACCGUGGGAGAAGGAUGCCUGGGAAGUAUCGAGAGAUUCGCUGAAUUUGGAAAAGAAGCUCGGUGCUGGGCAGUUUGGCGAUGUUUGGUUGGCCACAUACAACGGGCACACUCAGGUGGCAGUGAAGACGAUGAAACCAGGAAGCAUGUCUCCGGAGGCCUUCCUGGAAGAGGCAAACAUGAUGAAAACAUUGCAGCACGAGCGCCUGGUGCGUUUGCACGCUGUGGUGACGCAGGGGGAGCCCAUAUUUAUCAUCACCGAGUACAUGCAAAAGGGCAGCUUGCUGGAUUUUCUGAAGAGCGACGAAGGCAAUUCUCUCAAGGUGCCACAACUUAUUGACUUUUCCGCCCAGGUAAGACGCCAGGGAUUAAGGAAAGUUUUUUGA